CUUGUUAAUAAACUGGAGCUGGUUGAGGUCAGUGGUCGAUGGAUGAUUUCCAGACGUGUUUAAUGACAGAAACUUCACUCAGCAGGACUCUCUGAUUCUUCAGAUGGAAGGUCUGUUCCUUCACUUCCUGCUCAGAACCAUCACCAGUUUGGUUUUCUGUCUCCUCCUGACUCACUGUUCUAGAGGUCAGUCUGAGUCAGUGGAUUCACAUCAAACAAUUAUAGCAAGAGUUGGUGAUGAUGUUGUUCUACCGUGUCAAAUCAAACCUUCAGUGGACGUUUCUGAAGCAACAUUGGAGUGGAAGAGGUCAAACCUCUUCGUCCUGGUGUGGCGUACUGGUGCAGACUUUAAAAGACAAAAAGAUCCAUCCUACAGAGGAAGAACAUCUCUGUUCCCUGAUGAACUGAAACAUGGAAACAUUUCACUGAAACUCUCUGACGUGAAGCUGUCUGAUAAAGGAACGUACAGAUGUUACGUUGUAGACAUGAAUAGAGAGAUGUUUGUUGAGCUUGUUGUUGCUCCAGAUACAGUGGCCUCACCCGUCAUCAGUUUAAUCAAACCUGAACAAACACAGAACAGCAGCAGCUCAGACAGUCAGGAGACGUCAGGAGACAUCACUGUGUUCAUUGAUCCCAAGAGCUACUUUAUCUGUCUGAGAAACUGGUCUGAUCAGGACAAACCACUGGGAGGACGUCAGUUAAAAGUCCAGAUCAACAAUAGUGAACCCAUCACAGCCACAUUUGAUCCAUCAAUGGAACUCAAGGUUGGAAAGGAAGUUACUUUCUACCAUCCAGACCGUGAGUAUUAUGCAGUACCUGGUGACCUGGUGUGGAAGGAGCUGAAGUCCUGGAAGCGUCGAGACAGAGUCCAGGUCUCUCUGCAGUGAAAUAGUUCCCAGUUGAACUCCUUCAAUAAAGUUCAGUAAUCCAGCAAACAGCAACAUUAUAGAUGAGAAACAGCACGACUCAGAUCUUCCUGCAGAAAC